AUGCAACAGGAAGUGGAAAAGCCCGCUCGGGGCCCUCAGUCUCAAUUUGAGCAAGGCCACCAAGUUCCCAUUGAGCAUCACUCGAAGCCCGGCUUACAGGCGGAGAUGGAAAAUCCAAAGCCCAUUUCAAGCAAGGUCGCAACUGACGAUGGCGGUUAUCAAACAUACAAAGCAGCUGGGAAGCUUUCAGGAAAAAAGGCUAUCAUCACCGGUGGAGAUUCAGGCAUCGGCCGUGCGGUUGCGAUUCUUUUCGCCAUGGAGGGAGCCUCCAGUCUGAUUACAUAUUUGCCCGAAGAGGAGGAAGAUGCACAAGAGACUAGGAGACGGGUGGAGGAAAUUGGGCAAAAGUGUUAUUGCCUUGCCAUCGACAUUCGAGAGAAGAAAAACUGUCAGAGGGUGGUGGACACAGCCUUGAGGGACUUAGGUGGUAUUGACAUCCUAGUCAAUAAUGCCGGGACUCAAACGAUGAUUGAGGACAUUAAGGACUUGGAAGAGUAUGGUACUUCUGUCCUCACAGACCACAACGUUCUAACAUACCCUCACAGAUCCCAGUGGGAGAGCACAUUCGACACCAACAUCCACCCUAUAUUCUAUCUGUCAAAAUACACGAUCCCACACCUCAAAAGCGGGUCUACCAUCAUCAAUUGCGCAUCUGUGAAUCAUUACAUUGGUCGGCCAGAUCUUCUCGACUAUACUUCGACAAAGGGGGCAAUCGUCGCAUUCACCAGGGGCCUGUCAAACCAACAAGUCAAGAAUGGAAUUCGGGUAAACUGUGUCUGUCCUGGUCCAGUUUGGACGCCUCUUAUUCCAGCCACUAUGACCAAAGAGGCCCAGGAGCAGUUCAGUGGCACACCAAUGGGCCGUCCGGGACAGCCUAGUGAGGUUGCGACAUGUUUCGUUUUCCUCGCAAGUCAGGAUAGCAGCUUCAUUUCUGGCCAAAGCUUGCACCCUAAUGGCGGAGUAGUCGUCAAUGGAUAG